AUGAGUAUUCGCAUUUUUUCGAAUUAUUUCAACAAAUGUGGCAUAAAUCCGCGUGUCAAUCAUCAAAAACUGCCAAAUAUCGCACGCUCGAGCAAUGUCCAACCCUCGAGAGCAUGCACGAAUAGUGUCACCGUCUCCGCUGUUCCGAUGUUGAAGAAGGAAAAAACGAGUCGUGCCAUGAGAGCGUAUCUCCAACGAGCUCGCGAACACGAUGAAUUCAUGAAAAACGAAAAAUUAGUCUUUCAGAUCGGAAAAAGGCAUCUGGCGAAUAUGAUGGGCGAAGAAGCCGAGAGUUUUACGCAAGGCGAUAUCCAUAGAGCAAUUCAAUAUUUGUUCCCAUCGGGUCUUUUCAGCAAAAAAGCACGUCCUUUGAUGAAGCCCCCAGAAGCUGUGUUUCCCAAACGCAAGGCUGCGGAGUUUGACGAAUCUGGAAGACCUCAUCAUCCAUUUUUCUACACGGGAAAACCAAAUUUUUACAAAUUAAUGUACGAUAUUGUCGAUAGUUUCAACGAAUUGUACGCUUUUGAGGAUAAAAUGCUGCGAAAAGGACUUCAGCCAGAUCCAACACAAAAAGUAGAUUUAAGCGGCUUUACUUGGGUUCCCAAAGACAGACUCGAGAAAAUGCUUGUCGAAACUAUCAUGGAUCGCGAAUACGAACAAUUUGUGGCUGCCUUUGACAGAUUAGUUGCUCUUCCGUAUUCCUACAAAGUGAAAGAUUUAAUUGACAAGUACCGAAAACCGCUUUUAGAACAAAAUAAAACGGCGGAAAUACCCGAAGUGCAGUACGACGAGAAAGGACGCGCUUUUAUCACAACGUACGAGUGUCUAAGGAAGCGUGCGCGAGGCGAUGUGACUGUCAUUAGCCCAGGCACGGGAGAUAUUAAGAUAAACGGGCGGGAAAUUGACUAUUUCGAGGAUAAGCAAUGCCGCGAACAGAGUUAA